GUCCUGCCGCGGUGUGCAUAUAUACACACGUACACACACACGUGUAUAUGCCUAGCAUAGUGAACACGGAUGCAUGCAGUCUGAUCGAUGGACGACCAUUGAUUGAUCGAUGCGUCUCUCAUUCUGGUCAUUCAUCAAUGCAUGAUCGAUCAGCGGCCGACGGAAACACGGGAGGGACAUGUAGCCAAUCCAUCCAUUCAUCCAUGUAGCCAACUGACCCCCGCCCACUCUCCCGCCGCCAUGGCCCUCCGUCAUUAAUGCAUUCACGGCCGAUCAAAACGCAACGUGUACCGACCACAUACUGAUGGGCCUGUCUGUCUUCUGUCUGUCUGUCUGUCUGUCUCUCUCCCACCACGCCAUGCGUCCCCGAUUGAUUGGAAAAAGUAAGCCAUCCGCUGGCUCUGGACAUCACGUACGAGCCAGGCAGGCAGGCAAAGCUGAGCCAUUCAUUACAUGUAGGAAGACAGCCAGCUAGAGAGCUAGCGCUAGACAGGCAGGCAGACAUUCACACACCACACCCGCGUACACGCAACCAUGCAUAUGCGUCGGUUUGUGUGUCGGUUGCACACAUCGCAUGCACCGCAUCCAGUACACGAUUGCUGUCAGUAUAUAUAUACUGGGUAAGGGCAACCAGUCAGUCAGUCAGUGCAACACGCGCCCUGCGCCCACUUCUCACUCAAAGACCAAUAACAACGACAGGCAAGCCAUCCAACGAAAAGGAGGCAGUGCCGCACCGAUACGCAUGGACAGCUGAGCCCAGCCGUCUCGUGGGGGCCUGCCUUGAUUCAGAACUGACUACACUUGAGUCUCCGUCUGUUGCUGCGGGCGCACCGGCACGUACGCCAUCCCACCGUCGUAGGUAGCCAGCUGUGUCAUGACCGGGACUGGCGGGCCGAUGUCGUUCUUGAACCCACGGGCCCUCAACACAUGUCUGAACACAGUAACACAGCGGAAGACCUACGGACGACCUGUGCUUUGUGUCUGCCUUUUGCUGGCUUGCCUGUACUCCUGGCAGAUGGUGCAGGGCCAACACCAGAACACGAGACAGCAGUCGCCAAUGCCGUCGACCGCCUUGAUGUCGUAUCGCCUGCAUGACGGACGGACGGACCAACGAAAUCACACACACAUACAAACCCGCCCCGCCGAUGGGUCUGCUAUCUGUGACUAACCUGCGGAGCUUGGUGCGGUAGAUAAGACUGAGAACAAACCACACAACGACGAUUGCCCUCAUGGGCCAGAGCCACACGGGGUUGUACUCCGCCUGAUAUACGUAGCCGGAGAAGCGUCCGUCCGGGCUGUGCCAGGUGUGGGUGGACGAGCUGAUGGGGUGUGUGGUCAUCCAGAUGUAGAAGCAAAUGUAGGCCAGACUGAGGCCGCCGAACACCAACGCAGCCACGCGAAACGACAGGAUCUUCACCUGCGUCAAUGGCCACGCCUGUGAGUGAACAGCCAGCCACCAGACGGAGAGAGGGGAAUGAGAAAGCAGUCUUCGGCACCUCUGUUUCGCACUCAGCUCACCUUGAACCAGCACAAGAUGGGCCACAAACAGAGGGUUCCAACGGUCCCCAGGAGGCAGCUGGGCAAGUCGGAGAAACAGCCGAACACGUCGUCACUCCAGCGACCUGGACGCCACACACACAAAACCGCACAUGGUGGGCAGUGUCAUCUCCGCGUUCUGCGUAGGCUGCGGCGGUGCGCCGCGGUGUUCACCUCGCCACAUGUUCUCUGCCCCCUGCUCCUCUGUUGGUGGUCCCGCUGCUACCACAGGCAUCGGCAGCGGUGCUGGCGGUCCAGCCGCUACCACAGGCAUCAGCAGCUGUUGCGUCGAAUCUGCUGGUGCAGCCAUACCGUCCUCAGCAGCUGUUCUGCCGUGUGACAUAGAGGGGACAGAUCGACAACUUGAGAGAUCCGAGGAGAGGAGGGGAUGCUGCGAGCUGAAUGGAACCCCCGCGAACGCGGGUCGACGAACGGGUACGAGGGGGUAGGGGUUGCCUCGUAACGGAAGGCGAUCGGAAAGGGACACCUUACAAAACUGCCAGGAUCGAAAAG